UAAAUUUUUUUGCUGUACCUAAACUGCAUGAUUUAUCAUCUGUCGUUUGCGGAAUCUACUCGCGUGUGUGUUACUCGCUGUGAGAUCAUUGGACUUUUUUACCUCGAAGAUAUAAUUGUUACAUUUGUGUUAUUCGCACAUUUUUGUUGUUUUUUGUUAAUAACAAUCAAUAAAUUAUAAUAAUCGCACAAAAUGUCUUCUUGGCAAGAUUACGUUGACAAACAUUUGUUGGCCAGUAAAUGCGUUACCAAAGCUGCAAUCGCCGGCCACGACGGAAGUAUAUGGGCUAAAUCUGAUGGGUUUGAUGUGUCAAAAGAAGAACUAAGUAAAAUAGCACAAGGCUUUGAAAAUCAAGAUACAUUAACAUCUUCUGGUGUAACAUUAUCAGGUGUUCGUUAUAUUUAUUUAUCAGGUACUGAUAAAGUUAUUAGAGCCAAACAAGGAAAAGUUGGAGCUCAUUGUGUGAAAACACAACAGAUGUGUCAGUUAAAACGCAUAGUAUUUGUUCAUAAAAAUACAUGCAAAUACUCUGAGAAUUCAAUAAUUUUCAUUAGCAAUAUGAGUGAUUUUUCGUAGCUAUCAAAGAUUUUGUGAUAAAUUAUUUUGAUAUGUGUGAAAAAUUUGAUGUGUUUAUUAAUAAAUAAGUAUUUAAUUAUUACUAUUGUAUAAUAUAUAGAUUCAUAUUGGAAAUUUCUUUCUAGUCUAAAAAUUCUUUAAUUGGUUUCUUUAGUAUGUUUAAAGUUAUUAAGUAAAAAAUUUUUUUUCAUUUUUCAUUUUAGGAAAAACAUUUUUUUUAAUUUUUAAAGAAAAUAUUUUUCGUUUAUAAUCCCUAUAAAGUAUAAUGUUAUUUCUAAAUUUAAUUAUUUUUAGCAAUUGUUGUAUCAUUGUACGAAGA